UUUUCUACAAGAAAACAAACAUUUUACCCACCAAAACUUAACUUGCGCUUAGAAAAUAAUUCGGCGAAUCUGCACCCUAUCAGCUCACAGCUAAACUUACAUAGAGCAGUGUCAUUGAGAAACAUGGCCGCGUCCACGGGGGCUGCAGAUGCUGCUGCCUCAGACUCUACAGGUCCAGCUUCCUCGGUUCCGACCAUGGGCAGUCCAACGAUCCAGUAUAGUAUGGUUCUGGAGCACCUGGUAGGGGAGAAGCGGCCCAUUAAAGAUCUGAGCCCCGGAGUUAUGGGGGGUCUGCCGGUGCCUCCGAAAAGCGACGAACAGAAGAUGAUAGAGAGGGGAAUGGAGAGCUGCGCCUUCAAGUCGGUCCUGGCCUGUGUAGGAGGGUUUGUCCUCGGAGGAGCUUUUGGUGUAUUCACAGCUGGUAUCGACACCAAUGUCGGCUUCGACCCCAAAGACCCCCUGAGGACGCCGACGGCUCGAGAAGUCCUGAAAGACAUGGGCCAGAGGGGCAUGUCGUACGCCAAGAACUUUGCUAUUGUGGGCGCCAUGUUUUCCUGCACCGAGUGCAUCAUUGAAUCACACAGAGGAAAGUCUGACUGGAAGAAUGCGGUGUACAGUGGCUGUGUGACCGGAGGAGCCAUAGGCUUCCGCGCUGGUCUCAAAGCCGGAGUCCUCGGAUGUGGAGGAUUUGCUGCAUUCUCCGCUGCCAUCGAAUAUUACUUGCGAUGAGACGAGAGGCUUUUACGGACGAGAACUUGUUUUCUAUGUGGACUUGCUGCGAGGAAGCCGGGGCACAGAGAGGAACGUCGACGAACGUUUGCUUCAGGGACUCUGCUGGGACCUGAACAGCGCUUGGGGAUGUUCCUGCGUCUCCAGUCACAGAAUCUCAUGAACAAAGAAACUUCCGCACCCGGGUCCUGAUACCGAGGCCCGGAAACCCGCUAUUUGGUUACAGACUCGUUAUAUAAAUAGACAGGAUGUAAUCAAGUAGGAUUAUUUAUAUUAAAGUUUGUUUUUUUUAAGCGGUUCGUUCACUCAGUAAUUUUAACAAUAAGAGGUAUUCUAGUUUCAAUUUUUCUGACUUCAGGACUUUUCUGAAACAUGCAAUGCCUCUUUCUUUGUCGAUCUGUGUGUACAGUAUGAUGGCACUACUAGUUAUCAUUGUGCUCCCGAUUAUGAAUUAAAGGAGAUAAGAGGAUGAA